CCCUCGCCAUCGCCCCCGCGACCCCCGCGACCCCCGCGACCCCCGCGACCCCCGACGUCCCCCUGGGGUCCUCGUCGCCGGCCCAGCGCCAACUGGCGAGUGUCCGGGGGCGCCCCUCCCACGGCCCGGGGCCAACCGCUGCCGACGGCGACAUCACCGCCGCGGCCCGGCUGUAUAUAUUUCCCGGUCCACCCGACACCACCCACCCGAACCCCUUUCCCCGGCACCAUGGCAACGUCCCCGGCGCACCCCAGGCCCCUCCCUCGCCGUCUCCUCCCUCCCUCAUGGUCCGGGAGCCCCAAGCCCGAGCCCCGAUACCCGCCAACUGGUCAAUCCUGGAGCCCGACCCCGAGCCCCGCCAACUGGCGAGUCCUGGAGCCCCGAGCCCCGAGCCCCUCCACGGGCCCCGCCCCAUCGAGCCCUGCCAACUGGCAAGUUCUGGAGCCCCGACCCCCAGUCGCCCCGAGUCCCGCCAACUGGCCAGUUCCUCCCCGGCCUGGGAACCUAGCCGGGUCCCGGCUGACGCACAGC